AACGCUAUUUGCGAGCGAUUUUGUGUUUACAAUAAACACCUGUCGAGUGGUGUGUCGUUGUCUUCGCGUCUUUUACACCACUUUAUUAUCUCUUCCGUCACAUCACUGGCCAACUGAUCCGCACGAUUAUGUCCGCCGGUUAUGACAAAUCAAAGUUCCUCUCAUUUCCGGCCGGUUUUGUCGACGAGUUCACGUGCGGCAUAUGUCUCAACAUAUACAACGAGCCGAUGACUACCCCGUGCUGUCGGCACUCCUACUGCAGACAAUGCAUUAUCCAGUCGUUGCAGAUGUCCUCCAAUCCCAACACGUGUCCCAACGAUCGCAAGAAGUUGUUGUCCAAAGACCUGAUGCCAGCGGACCGUACGGUCACCAACAUCCUCGACAAGCAGGAGGUGUACUGCGACUUCAAGAGCUACGGCUGCCCCCAGACUGUCCCAUUGGCGCGCCUGUCGUCGCAUCUCAUCCAAUGCGGCUUUGAUCCCAACAAAGCGCAGGACAAGUGUCAGCAGCUGUUGUCCGAAGUGACGGCCGCUGUCGACAAAAUCAAGCCGAGAGUCCGGCGCCAGGAGUUCGAGCACAUGAAGGAGCGGUUGACGGCCUGUCAGCAAGAGGUGCGACUCAUGGCCUCCCAGACGGCCGCCCAGUCGGUGUACGUCGAGCCCAACACCGAUGCGUUCAAGAAGAAGGUGAUGGAGUCGGCGAAGAGCUGCGUCGACAACUGGGAACAGAUUGAGUGCAAUAUCGCCGUCAAGAGCGUCAAGAAGAAGGUGCUGAAGAAGUGCAGGGAAGCCGUGCGCCACAGCACUGACUACAACCAGUUGUCGCAGUACUUGUUGGACGCGCUCAACAACCAAGACUAA